AUGUUGCAGCAGCACAGUUUGAGAGCAAUAACCAGAAUUAAUGAGAUGGGUCCAUCAGUUGAGAUUUCGCGGACGGAACGAUCUCCAUCUUCAAGGAAGCAACGAAGUGAUUCAGGCACGAAGCAGCCGUUAGGAUCGAAUAGUGACAAUAUACGUUGCGCAACGUCUACUGCAUCUCCAACCACUGCAGCUCCUUCACGCCGGUCUCCUAAUUCAUCGAGCGCAAACAGGAGUGAUUCUAAUGAUAAGGAGUAUAGCGCUAUCUAUAAUCUUGUUCCUCCCUGGAUGACGGAUUUGCCAGUAGCUCUGCACAUGCGAGCACGAAUGGCAUUUGAAUUGACUGAAUAUCACUCUGCUAAGGAGAUACUUCAGAAGUUACGGAAAAUGUACCCUCAUCGAACUGAAGUAGAUUUCGCCUCUUUCCUCUCUGCUUAUUGUUUUUUUUCCAUUGUACUAUUGAAGGGAAUGGAGUUGCUGUCAACAGCGCUUUGGCAUCUUCAAGAUGCUCAUGAAUUAUCAUCGCUUGCACAGCAUUUGACAAUCGAAGCUCGGUUCAGGCCACAGACUUGGUGUGUCGCCGGGAAUUGCUUCUCCUUACAAAGACAGGUGAUAUCCGCUGAUAAUUUCUCAGCACUACAUUCUCUUCCGAACAGUACCGUUCAGCAUGCAAAAGCGGUCGAUUGUAUGGAACGUGCGAUACAGUUGGAUCCAUAUUUUGCUUAUGCGUACACCUUGUUAGGACAUGAGCUGAUAUUCCAGGAGGAGUACGAUCGAGCUGCAAACGCCUUCAGGCGAGCGUUGGAAAUUUCUCCCAAGGACUAUCGAGCUUGGCAUGGUCUUGGUCUAGUCCACCUUCGUAAAGAACAAAUGGGUCUUGCACAGGUCAAUAUCUCCAAAGCCGUAACAAUCAAUCCAACGAACCGAGCAAUGCUUUGUCAAUUGGCCCAAAUAGAGCAGGCCUUGAAUCGUCCUGAAAGAGCGAUGCGGCUGAUAGAUCGGGCGCUUGUUCUGGAUCCUGAUGACGUUGCCUGUCGUUACAAUAGGGCUAGAUUACUUUUCGAUACGAAGCAUAAUGAGGAGUGCGUCAAGGAGCUUAAUGAGCUCAAAGAGGUCUCACCAGACGAGGCUUAUAUCUACCAUCUGUUAGGAAAGGUUCAUAGACGAUUAGGAAAUAAUCACUUGGCUCUGUUGAACUAUAGUUGGGCCACAGAAAUGGAUCCGAGAGGAGAACAGAUGUUGGGUCAUGCGGGAGAAAGGUCCUAUGAUGACGACGAUCCGUCUCCCACAGCGAGCUAG